AUCCGAUUCUCUUUUUACCUCGGACUCUCUCUACUCCCUUGUCCUACGCGGAAAACCUUUGGGUCUCUCUCUCUCUCUCACCCCCAAAAUCCCCACCCUUUGGGGUUAAGAAAGGGGUUUUUAAAUCCCCUUACCCUGUCUCCCCCAUCAAGAUGGUUCUCCUCAAGACCAAAUUUACUUUUCAGAAGAGGGUAAAACUUGCUCAAACUCUUUGGCUUCUCUCAUGGGUCAGUGUCCUAGUGGGAUGUCUGACCUUUGGCUUGGGGAUCUUUCUAAAGGUUCAACUAUGGAUACACAAUGAAGUGAUGGACAACACUGUGGCCCAUGCUGUCCCUAACACCGUGAUUACUGCUGGACUAUUGGGAAUCCUGCUUGGUCUGUUUGCAAGCAAAUCCAGCCAGGACUCACUUGAUAUGGCCAAAUAUCCCCGCUGGAAGUCUUUCAUGCUUCCUUAUUUUUUCUUCUCCAUUCUGAGUUGUCUGCUCUGCUUUACUGCUCUUUUCCUUAGUAUUGUAAUGCGAGGAAGUUUGGAGGAAUCCUUGAAGGUUGGCUUGAAGAAUGGCAUUAGGUUCUACAAAGAUACCGACACCCCAGGUCGUUGUUACCAGAAAAGAACCAUGGACACGUUGCAAAUGGACUUCCAGUGCUGUGGGAACAACCACUACAAAGACUGGUUUGAGGUUCAAUGGAUCAGCAACCGUUACCUGGACUUCUCUUCCAAGGAAGUAAAAGAUCGUAUAAAAAGCAAUGUGGAUGGCAAAUACCUGAUGGACAGUGUUCCAUUCAGCUGCUGUAACCCCAGCUCUCCUAGGCCUUGCAUCCAGAACCAGAUCACCAAUAACUCAGCCCAUUACAGCUACAGCUACCAGACAGAUGAGCUAAACAUCUGGGUCAGAGGCUGCCGGGAGGCCUUACUGAGUUAUUACACUGGAAUUAUGGCUACAAAUGGGGCGGCUGUCACUUUGUUCUUCCUUCUACAGGCCUCGGUUCUAGUGAGCAUGCGUUUUCUCCAGACUUCCAUGGACAAGAUUACUGGUGUUGAAGACGUUGAGACUGAUUCUGAAGGAUUCCUGCUGGAGAAGGGUGUAGUGGAGACCAUUAGCAGUAAUCUAGAGAAAACAAAAGCCCUUUUCAAGUCCAGUACUGGGGAAACUGGGGGUGGGGGGGAGGCGGCCUGUGCUAGCUCUAGCUAAGCACAUCACAGAUUGGGGAGACCGAGACACGGUCUAGAGAUUCAUUUGUAUAUAAUCUGUAGAGGUAGUCCAAGGCUGCUUGUUGUAUACUGCCCUCUGUAUGGAAGACCCUGAGGUCCUGCUUGUGUCUGCAGCUGCUCAUUGAAGUGAGGAGAGUGGGGUAAUUUCAGGAGAGGCAGUCUCCUUCCAGCUGUAGCUGCCAAAAUGUAAAUCCCAUAGAGAGAAAUAAAGAAAAGACUGCAA